AUGCUGUUGGUGUCAAGCCUCCUCCUGUGGGAGAACAUGGCCUCUGCAUCCAUGGAUACCAGUGUGUUUAGCAAUGGUGAAGUGUCCCUCAAAGACCAUUUUGAUGAUGCUAUCAUAUUGUCCAAGACCAUCAGUGAGCUUGCUACAGAAAUUCGAAGGCUAUUCAGCACCAAUGCCUUCUCGUCAGACAUGUUCCUUAAUAUUACACUAGGAUUACUCAAAGACCAAGAAUUCAUGUUCAAGACAUUGAACAGCUGCCAUACUUUUUCACUCAACACCCCAGAAACAAAAGAGGAAGCCAGAAAGAUCUCACUUGAAGACUUUCUGAAACUGAUACUCAGCAUAUUACAUGCCUGGAACAACCCUCUACACCACUUACUAGAGGAACUCAGUGCUAUGCCAGGAGCCCCUGAUGAUAAUCUAUCGAGAGUUGAAGAUAUUGAGGUAAAACACAAAGAGCUUCAGGAGAGCAUCAUGAGGAUAGUCAGCAGGGUUCAUCCUGAAAUGGAAGGAAAUGAAGAGUACCCUGUCUGGUCAGAGCUUGCAUCCUUACAAUCAGUGGAGGAAAAAUCACGUUUUUUUGCUCUUUAUAAAUUGUCCUACUGCCUUCGUGUUGACACAGAUAAGGUUAACACUUAUCUCAGACUCUUGAGGUGUGUACAUGUUCAUGGUGACAUCUGCUACAACUUAGAGGACUGA